CCGGGCGACCGGCUGCUGAGGUGGCUGUCGGCGGCCCGGAGCUGCGGCUUCGCCGGGUCGAGACCCGAUGGCUGCCGAGGCCGCGGACGCCCCUCCGGGCGGGCUCGAGCCGACGCUUAGCUGCUUUUCUUUCAACCAGGACUGCACAUCCCUAGCAAUUGGAACCAAAGCUGGUUAUAAGCUGUUUUCCUUGAGUUCUGUGGAGCAACUGGACCAAGUCCAUGGAAGCAAUGAAAUCCCAGAUGUCUACAUCGUCGAGCGCCUCUUCUCCAGCAGCCUGGUGGUGGUGGUCAGUCACACGAAGCCGCGGCAGAUGAACGUGUAUCACUUCAAAAAAGGCACAGAGAUCUGUAACUACAGCUACUCCAGCAACAUCCUCUCCAUAAGGCUGAACCGGCAAAGGCUGCUGGUGUGCCUGGAGGGGUCCAUUUACAUUCACAACAUUAAAGACAUGAAGCUGCUGAAGACCAUCCUGGACAUCCCUGCAAACCCCACAGGUCUGUGUGCCCUCUCUAUCAACCAUUCCAAUUCUUAUUUGGCCUAUCCUGGGAGCCUGACAACAGGGGAGAUUGUGCUUUAUGACGGAAACUCCCUGAAAACAGUCUGCACUAUCGCUGCUCAUGAGGGAAUGCUGGCGGCCAUCGCCUUCAACUCCUCAGGCUCCAAACUAGCGAGUGCGUCUGAAAAGGGCACAGUCAUCCGGGUGUUCUCGGUACCUGACGGGCAAAAGCUCUAUGAGUUCCGGAGGGGGAUGAAAAGGUACGUGACCAUCAGCUCCCUGGUGUUCAGUAUGGACUCGCAGUUCCUCUGUGCCUCCAGCAACACCGAGACUGUGCACAUCUUCAAGCUGGAGCACCUCUCCGACAGGACAAACAGGCCCUCGGUGCCAUUCUGUGAUUGCCAGGAUAAUGUGUCCCCAGUUGUUCCAGGUGGGCAGAACAUUAUGCUAAGGCACAGUUUCUUCCUGUCGUGCCGCCCAGAAGAGCCCGUGACCUGGAGCGGCUACGUGGGAAAGGUGUUCAUGGCUGCCAGCAACUACCUCCCUGCCCAAGUGUCAGACAUGAUGAAUCAGGACAGGGCCUUUGCCACCGGGCGGCUGCAUUUCUCCGGGCAGAGGAACAUCUGCACCCUGUCAACGAUCCAGAAAUUGCCAAGGCUGCUGGUCGCCUCAUCCGACGGACACCUAUACAUCUACAAUUUGGACCCUCAGGAUGGGGGAGAGUGCGUGUUGAUCAAGACCCACAGCUUGCUUGGCUCAGAAACAACAGAAGAGAAUAAAGAAAAUGACCUCAGACCUUCGAUACCUCAGUCUUAUGCAGCAACUGUAGCCAGACCCAGCACAUCUUCAGCCUCCACGGUACCAGGUUAUUCUGAGGACGGCGGGGCGCUCCGAGGAGAGGUUAUUCCUGAACACGAGUUUGCAACGGGACCAGUGUGUCUUGAUGAUGAGAAUGAAUUUCCCCCUUUUGCUGGACACAGGAUCUCAGACCCUUAUCCCGGACGAACUGAGUCAGGAUCUGCAUUUUCACAAGAUCCCCAGGAAGGACGUUGGCAAAUUUACACAUGAAUCCAAGCUGAAGACAUUUCCUCUCCAGACGCCUGGUCAGAAUUUCAAAGAUGACCUUAUAUUCUGCAAACGUGUUGGGUUUUCUUGGUUGCCCUCCUUAUCCGUGCGCUUGCUUGCUUUCUUGCUUGCUUUGCUUUAUUUGUUGGUUUUUUAAGUGUGUUAAAUACAGUGUGAUGGAUCGCUUUUUUGUGGCCUGUCUCGCCAUGGUCUUGUAACACCCACCCAAGUGAUUGGGUGGGAUUAUACAAAUAACGUAAUUGUGGCCCACCAAGGGGACUGGAUAGCUUGUUAAUAAUGAAAAUAAAAUUCAUGACACCCAUGCAGGCAUAGGACCAUGCAAAUAAGGUCUAUGGAACCCUAAUGAAGGGAUUGGUCAGUUUUGCCAUCCCACUAGGCUUAAAAUGAGCCAUCCCAGAGGUGGGACAGAGAGGAUCUCAAAACCACCAAGAAAAUCCAAGAGUGGAGCACGUCCUUGGGACUCAGGAUCCCUGUGCUGAGAAGCUCCUGGAACCAGGAGACAGAGAAAGAAGGAGAGAGAGCUGUAACACUGAAGAUGGCAAGAAGUGGUGGCAGAGAAAUGGUGGCAGGGAAGACCCGCAGGAGAGACAGGCAGGAGACGGUGCAGUGGGCUUCCCAGCUCAUGGAGCAAUAAAGCUGAGUACCUUCAGGCAGGAGGCCUGAUGGUGGAGUAGGGUGUCUCUUGGCACUUGGUGGAGCUAGGCUUGUCAGCCCACAGGGCACCUUCAGCUAAGGCUUACUGGUGGAGUAGCGUGCCUCUGAGCACUUAUUGGCAAAGCCAAAAGAGCGUUGUAACACUUGUCCAAGCAGGGCAGAGGCCAAGGGGCCAGAGAGAGGCACACCUGUGGGCAUGGCUAGAAAGAGGCUGUCCUGAUGGAAGAACUGUAUCUGGAGCAUUCCUAAACCUGAAUUGUAACCUAUUACUUCCCUAAUAAACCCCAUAAUUGUGAAUAU